AUGGAAUCAGUGAAUGUUGUUAUAGAUGAUAAUCCAGAAGAAUCAGAUGAAACAUAUGUGAUUGAUCCAGCGACAGAUCUCCCUAUCAGUGAUCCGUCAAAAACAUCUGAGACAACCAAACUGUCUGACACACAUGAAUUGUCAGAAGAAGAUAAAGAAAGCCCCGAACAGGAAAACUUACUCUCUGAUGGUGAUGGAAAGAAUAAGCCCACCAGAACUCAGAAAAAUCAUCCAUCAGACAACAUAAUUGGUGAUCCAACAGAUGAAAUGCACACCAGAAGCCGGAUGAGAAGCAAUCUGAUAGAAAUAGCCGGCUUUUCCUAUUACACCUUUGUUAAAGCCACUAGAAGUCAUGUUACUAUAGCUCAGACUUAUGUAGAUGAUAUUGUUUUUGGAUCUACUCUACAGAAGUAUACUGAUGACUUAGUGAAAGUCAUGAAAGAAGAAUUUGAAAUGUCCAUGGUUGGUCAACUGACUUACUUCCUAGGACUUCAAGUUAAACAGAGUUCUGAAGGAUACUUUAUCUCACAAGAAAAGUAUGCUAAGAAUUUGGUCAAGACGUUCGAUCUGGAAUCAUGCAAAACACCCAGGACUCCUAUUUCCACCUCCACAAAGAUAUCAAAAGAUGAUACUGGUCCUUCAGUUGAUUCCACAGUCUAUCGAAGUCUGAUUGGAAGUCUGCUCUAUCUAACUGCCAGUCGACCAUACGUAAUGUUCAGUGUUGGAAUGUGUGCAAGAUAUCAAUCUUAUCCCAAAGAGUCACAUUUGAUAGCUGCUAAACGGAUCUUGAAAUAUAUCAAGGGUACAAUUCAAUAUGGUAUAUGGCAUCGCUAUAUCAGAGAAUUGGUAGAUUCAAAGGAGAUAGAGUUGGAAUAUAUUCAAACAGAUAAGCAAUUGGCUGACAUACUGACUAAACCUCUAGACGCAAAUCGGUUUGAGAUUCUCAGAUCUGCUAUGGGGAUCUGUAGGAUUGAUUAG